GAUUCGCGCCUCGCGUCGACGUCAUCCACGCUUCCCGCAUCCGAUUACUAGUACUCUUCAGCCAACGAUCUGACUUCGCCCCAUACCCAACGUAUUUGCCAGGCGCUUUGAAGCGUUGUUCUCAGUACAACAAUGUGCGGGAGAUACGCGCUAGGCAUACGUGCCUCAUUCGUGCGACACCACCUCGAACAACAGGGUCUCCCCGUGAAUGAUGCGCCAGAAGACGAUGAAGCUCGCGAGACAUACAACUUCCCUCCCGGCGCCUACGGUCUUGUCUACCGAGCAGAAGUUCCCGAUCAGGGUGUAAGAAAUGCCGACGAGCCAGAAGCCAGCGAUGCUGCAGCUCAAGACGCAUCAGACGAAGCACCCGAAGAAGGAGACGAACCUCCCUCCAGCCAGUCCACUGCCUACAAGUAUGAGAUUAAGGUUAUGAAAUGGGGCUUGAUUCCUUUCUGGACCAAACGCUCCCCAGACUAUGGCUCCAUGCUGCGCACCAUCAACUGUCGCGACGACUCUCUCAUUGAGAACCGCGGAAUGUGGAACACCAUGAAACAGAAGAAACGCUGCCUGGUCAUCGCGCAGGGAUUCUACGAAUGGCUGAAAAAGCCCGGCGGAAAAGAAAAGUCUGCACACUUUGUGAAAAGAAAGGACGGUAACCUGAUGUGUUUCGCUGGGUUGUGGGAUUGCGUCAAGUACGAGGAUACGGAAGAGAAGCUGUACACCUACACGAUCAUCACCACCGAUUCAAACAAGCAAUUAAGUUUUCUCCACGAUCGCAUGCCCGUCAUCUUGGAUCCUGGCACGGAAGCAAUGAAGAUCUGGUUGGACCCGACAAGAAACAAGUGGUCCAAAGAACUGCAGACUAUACCGAAGCCGUUUAAAGGUGAACUCGAAUGCUACCCUGUCGAUACCGCAGUUGGCAAAGUUGGGAACAAUUCACCCAGCUUCAUCGUUCCAAUCGACAGUAAGGAAAACAAGAAGAAUAUUGCCAACUUCUUCAACAAUGCGAACAAGCCCAAAGCCAUGUCUGAUGGCGGGAAAAUAGCAAAGGAGCCGGAGGAAGACCGACCAACGGUCGACCACGACGGAAGUGAGAAUAAAGCGCCACUGCCAGUCCCGCAAGACUCGCCAGAAGAGAGCCAAGGUCAGAAACGAUCGCACGAUGAGGAAGACGACCAAGCCUCAGCAAAGAAGCAAGCCAAGCUUUCAUCACCACCUCCGAAGUCGAUAUCUCCUGUCAAAAGCUCCACCAAAAAGCCUAGAAGUGCAAUAAGCAACAAGGAUAUGACCAUGAAGAGUAGCCCGUCAAAGAAAGUCGAAGCAGGCACACAGCGGAUAACAAAUUUCUUUAGCAAGUGACGGGUUCAUGAGAUG